UCGGCAUUUGACCCUCUGACCACCUGCCCGAGGGUGGCGGGGAGGGGCGGGGGAGCUGGACAUCGGUCCGGGCUGGAAUGCUGCUCCCAAGGCUGCUGACGUGUGUCGCCGCGUGCGCCUUGCUCCUGACGCCGGGCUGCGGGGGCUGCGGGCCGGGUCGAGGUUACGGCAAGAGGCGCUCGCCGCGGAAGUUGGCACCGCUCGCCUACAAGCAGUUCAGCCCCAACGUGGCCGAGAAGACGUUAGGGGCCAGCGGGAGGUACGAAGGGAAAAUAACUCGCAACUCCGAGCGCUUCAAGGAGCUCACCCCUAACUACAACCCUGACAUCAUCUUCAAGGAUGAGGAGAACACAGGUGCAGACCGCAUGAUGACACAGCGCUGCAAAGACAAGCUGAACUCUCUGGCCAUCUCUGUGAUGAACCUUUGGCCCGGGGUCCGUCUGCGGGUCACCGAGGGCUGGGACGAGGACGGCCACCACUCGGAGGAGUCGCUCCACUACGAGGGGAGGGCGGUGGACAUCACCACCUCGGACCGGGAUAGGAACAAGUACGCCAUGUUGGCUCGGUUGGCGGUGGAGGCGGGCUUCGACUGGGUCUACUAUGAGUCCAAGGCCCACAUCCACUGCAGUGUCAAGUCAGACCACUCAGUGGCAGCCAAGUCUGGAGGUUGUUUCCCGGGCGACGCCUCGGUCAUCGUGGAAAACGGCAUCCGGAAGUCCAUCCGUGACCUGCGGCCCGGUGAACGAGUCUUGACUCUGUCCGGCGAAAAAGGUCGCGCUGAACUGGUGUACAGCCAAGUCCUGACCUUUCUGGACCGUGACCCAGGAAUACACAAGCUCUUCUACACCCUCACGACCGAAGGUGGGGCGCACCUUUCGCUGACCGCCGCCCACUUGCUGUUUGUGUCUCAGGGUAACUGUUCAGAGGGGGGGCAGCCCACUCCUAGCUCCCUGAGGACGGCGUAUGCUUGCGAGGCUCGGCCGGGCCAGUGCGUGCUGGUGGCCCGUGGCGGAUUGGGAACCCUUUCUCGGAUCUCGAGUGUCACUGUGACUGAGAGGAGGGGGGUGUUCGCCCCUCUGACGGCACAGGGCACUCUGGUGGUGGAUGAGGUGGCGGCAUCCUGCUAUGCGGUGGUGGGACAGCAUUCCUUGGCUCACUGGGCCUUCUUGCCACUCAGGCUGAUGCACAGCUGGACUGGCACCAGUUGUUACCGUGGCGACGGGGUCCACUGGUACGCUGAGCUUUUACACCGGCUCGGGGAGAUGCUGCUGGACUCCGGACACCUCCACCCGCUGGGCGUGACUUCAGCCCACAGGUGAGGACGAAAAUUGCAAAAAAGAUCAGACAAUAGAACUUUGUGACGCGUGUUUGGAUCGCUGCUAAGCCUCGUUGGAGUAUCGCCUGGGUUGCGACAGAACAGCCCGGAAGUCCCAAUUCAUCAGACAGACUGACUAUCGCUUAUGUUCUAACAUGUAAACUGGUCUUAAUCUCCUGAUGUAGAGGAAUGGAAAAAAAAAAAAAAGCAUUGUUGACAGAUGAAAACAAAUGUCAUCACAAAAGCGUAGUUUCAGUAUUUAUAAUACUAUCUAUUAUGGAGUCCUACUGAAAGGAAAGGUUGCACACUAAACACACUGAACAAAAAUAUGAGCGCUUUUGUCUCUGCUCGCAUUUUUGAUUGACUAUCAAUGUGCACAAAAGGCCCAUUUAUCUUAAAUAUUUUGUUCACAAAUCAGUUUAAAUCAGCGUUUGUGAGCACUUCUACUUUGCUAGAAAACCCAUCAGUAUCUGGUGUGACCACUAUUUUCAUAAUACCUUUAUUUUGCCUUACACUGAACACACCCACAUCCCUAAUCCAUGAAACUGCACAUUUUCGAGUGGCCACACUUUGUAGACAACAAAAGGCAUAAACGUGUUACACUGCAUGACGUCACAGCAGAUACUGAGCCGUUUUGUGACAAAGUGGAUUUUGCCAAAGCCGAAGUGCUCACAAACUCUGACCAAGACAAAUUUGUGCACAAUAUCCAUCCAUCCAUUUUCUUUAGCCGCUUAUCCUCACGAGGGUUGCGGGGAGUGCUGGAGACUAUCCCAGGUGUCAACAGGCACAAGGCGGGGAACACCAUGAACUGGUCGCCACCCAAUCGCAGGGCACAUAGAGACAAACAGCCACACUCACAAUCACACCUCGGGGCAAUUUAGAGUGUCCAAUUAAUGUUGCAUGUUUUUGGAAUGUGGGAGGAAACCCGAGUGCCCAGAGAGAACCCAUGCAGGCACGGAGAGAGCAUGCAAACUCCACACAGGUGGGGCCGGGAUCAAACCCUGGACCUCAAAACUGUGAGGCCAACGCUUCACCAGCUGAUCCACCGUGUGCACAAUAUUUCCGAUAAAAAGGCUUUUGUGUCAUAGAAUAAGUCUUGAUCUUCAAGUUCAGCUCAUGGAGCAAAUAGGAGCAAAAACAAAAGUGCAUUUAAAUUUUUGGUCAAUAUACUGUUUCCAGUGAUAUGCGGCAGAUACCUUUUGUAAAACUCGUAUGCAACAAUUAAAUAUGUUUUGCCAAUGUAUUUAAUAUCUUCUUGUUUACAGAAAAGUCAACAUGAAGUCGUGGUUGGAGA